AUGGGAUGGUAUAGAAGAUCGAAGUUUGCUUUCGAUGUGCUUCGAAAUUUCACUUCGAAGAUUGGACCCAGAAAUCCGAAUGUGCCCACAAAUCCAAUUCGAGAGUCUGUUCAAGAAGCCAACCGGUACUUUUCUACGAUACCCUAUUUGAAUCAAUCUAGGGUUUCUGGGUUUUCUUCUUAUUCUUCACCGAUUUCUAGGAACUUGGGUUUUCAAUUAGGACUCAAGCAGAAUCAAUAUACCCCUUUUCUUCAUGGUGCAAAGAGAUAUUACUACGUAGAUCGAAACCAGGUUCGCCAUUUUCGGCCACGAGGGCCUCGAAGAUGGUUCAAGAAUCCAAAGGUUGUGUUGAUUGUGACUUUGGUGGGUUCAGGGAUUUUGAUCACUGUAUACUUUGGGCAUUUGGAGGCUGUCCCAUAUUCUAAACGAAAGCAUUUCGUGAUUCUGUCCCCAAGUCUAGAAUUACAGCUGGGAGAGAGACAAUUUGAUCAAAUGAAAGGGACAUUCAAAGGAAAAAUACUUCCGGCGAUUCACCCAGACAGUGUGAGGGUUAGAUUGAUAUCAAAAGAUAUAAUUGAAUCUUUACAAAGAGGGUUGAGGAAAGAGCAGGUGGGGAAUAAUCAUGUGUAUGCAUUGGAGAGCGUUGAUCCUCAUGAGACCAGUGGGGAAGAGACUUUGAUGGCUUUGAGUGAGAAUUCUGAGGGGAAGUGGCAUAAAGAAGAUGAGAUUCUUGAUGAUAAGUGGGUUCAACAGAGUAGGAAAAAGGGUAUGGAGGAGGGGUCACGGCCUGUGACGAGGCAUUUGGAGGGGUUGAAUUGGGAGGUCUUGGUGGUGAAUGAGCCUGUUGUUAAUGCUUUUUGCUUACCGGGUGGGAAAAUUGUUGUGUUUACUGGGUUGCUUAAACAUUUCAAGUCUGAUGCAGAGAUUGCGACCAUAAUUGGGCAUGAAGUUGGGCAUGCUGUGGCUCGACACGCAGCUGAAGGGAUUACAAAGAACCUGUGGUUUGCUAUCAUUCAAAUUAUCUUAUAUCAGUUUGUUAUGCCUGAUAUUGCCAACACAAUGUCAACCCUAUUCCUAAGGCUUCCUUUCUCGCGGAGGGCUAUGAAGUACACAAUUUUUGCCAGCCAUGUUAAUGGAAGUGGGAAACACGUAUCGCGUAUGUGUAUUUGUUGCCUUCCAAGUGCUCAUCUUCUGAAACUCUUUUUUCCCAUUAGGAUGGAGAUGGAGGCAGACUACAUUGGCCUGCUGUUGAUGGCUUCUGCAGGAUAUGACCCUCGAGUGGCACCUAAGGUUUAUGAAAAGCUGGGGAAAAUCACAGGUGAAACGGCUUUGAGAGAUUAUCUUUCUACCCAUCCCUCGGGGAAGAAGAGAGCUCAAUUGCUGGCUCGGGCACAAGUCAUGGAAGAAGCACUCGCCAUAUAUAGGGAGACGAGAGCAGGCAGAGGAGUUGAGGGUUUUCUAUAG